UGGCUGCUUGUACUAGUCCAGCCUAGUGCUGGUUUGAAAGAGCUUGUCCAUUGAAGCACCACGGCGCAGUUCAACAUGAAUACCCUACCUGGACACAGUGUACUAACUCUGAGGUGACUAGACUUUGUUUUAUCACCUUAAUGACCAGCGCCAGGUAGUAUAUGUGCUGAUAUGUGUGUAUGUUGGCAUCAGUUGUAAGUUAAAACCUAUACCACGUGGGAUUAUAUGUUUACUUUAAUUAUUGCAUGUCCCAUAAAGCCCACGUUGUAUGUGUGUCUACAGUCAAAUGAUACUACAUUAUGACACAUCCAUUUUAAUUUCCGUGUUUUCUGCGUGUAAUAAUUCGUAUUCAUUAUGACACAUUCAUUUUAAUUUCCGUGUUUUCUGUGUGAAAUUAUUCGUAUUUAUUAUAGGUCUAUACGCAUACAUUGGGAUUCCGUUGAAUUUAAUUUCGAAACUAAUGUCAUUGCUUGUCAACGGGUCCAAAUGCGGUUGUAUAUCAAGGGUAAUUUUUGCCUGACGAGUACAGUACACUGUCAAUCAGUCAAGCAGGGCUGUGCUUCUAAAACACUGUUACCUGGAGAGAAACUGUGCUAUGUCAUAUACUGACACUGAACUAUAAGUGCACAGUAACCUCACCAAAAUGCUUGACUAUACACGAAUUCAUUUUUUGCAAGAGCGAACAUUUACAAAAUAAAACUGUUGAACAUUAUGUUACAUUACAAAAACAAUGUUACAUGCGAGUUAUGUCCCUAAACAUAUUUUUAAUAACCAACGAUUGACUUUGAAUCUACGUUUAAAACCUAUGGCCCAUAAAAGGUAAUUUCCUCUUAUUGACCAAGCAAGUUGUUUGAAACUCCAUGUCGCCUGUUAAGAAGAAAUAAUUUCCUCCACACACCCAUAUAGCUAGUGUGUUUCAAUGAAGGAAGUUAUAACUUCCUCACUUCCAAGCUUCACGGUCACAAGACACAUUCAGACGUUGUACACUGAGAUCCUGGGGAGGUGGAGCUCGGCCACUAACAGUGAUAUGGCACCGAUGGCAGUUCUGUGCGUAGCGUGCAUGAUGGUGUACACUCGUGCUGCCAAAUGCAAAGGACACCAACACUGUUCAGACUGUGGCAGCACUACAGGACAUUGCAUCUCUGAGUGUGAACCUGGGUAUUUUGAUCAGAAGUGUAGUUCUAUUUGCAACGAAAAUUGUCGAAACAAGAAAUGUAAACUGUCAAUUAAUGGCAAUGCUAAUUGCACUGAAGGUUGUGUCCUGGGAUACCAAGGCCCGGGGUGUAGCAGGCCAUGUUACAACCCAGGAGGUGUUUGUACAGAAUGUCCAGGUGGUUGUGAUAGAGGAUAUUGUCAGCUGGGCUCCUGUGUGUUUGGAUGUGUAGACUCUUACUUUGGGUCUGGCUGCAAGACAUGUCACAGAGGAUGUAAGACAUGCAACAGCAUAACAGGAACAUGCACGGAGUGUCAUCCUUCAUUUCCCGGUCCAAACUGUGAACAGGAGACGAACACUACCAGAGGUUGUGAAGGUGGUUGUGUACCUGGACAUAUAGACAGAGACUGCAAACAUUGUUCUGACAAAUGUCUCAAUAAGACCUGUCCCCCUAAGAACGAACCCUUUGAUAAACGAUGUAAUCCAGGAUUCUAUUGUGAACACUGCAACAAGACGUGUGGUGUGUGUAUUGAUGGAGACUGUGAUCAGAUGUCAGGGAUGUGCUUCAGAGGGUGUAACAGGACCAAACUUGGAUGUGAACCUUCCUGUAGAGCCAACUGUACUUUAGCUGAAUGUGACAUUGACACAUGUCCACAAGAUGGGAAUGACGAUCAGAAGACAGGCAGUGUGCUGACUUGGUUGUUGGCAUCACUGCUUCUCCUUGUAUCAGGCAUCUUGCUGACACUCUGUCUCUGUUACUGCAAGCGUUUCCCCAAACAAAGGUGGGUGUGUUGCCAUCACUUCUACUCCCUGUGUCGGGCAUCUUGCUGACACUCUGCCUCUGUUACUGCAAGCGUUUCCCCAAACAAAGGUGGGUGUGUUGCCAUCACUGCUUCUCCUUGUGUCGGGCAUCUUGCUGACACUCUGUCUCUGUUACUGCAAGCGUUUCCCCAAACAAAGGUGGGUGUGUUGCCAUCACUUCUACUCCCUGUGUCGGGCAUCUUGCUGACACUCUGCCUCUGUUACUGCAAGCGUUUCCCCAAACAAAGGUGGGUGUGUUGCCAUCACUGCUACUCCCUGUGUCGGGCAUCUUGCUGACACUCUGUCUCUGUUACUGCAAGCGUUUCCCAAAACAAAGGUGAGUUUGUCGCAGUGUUAUGGUAACAGUCACUACACGACCCCUGUAGUUUGUAGUAUGUUUAUUGUACCUGGGGCUAAACAAUUGACCCAUACUUCAAACCAUACUUACUAUUCACACCACUAUGACUUAUUUUGGAGUUUUGUCAUGAUAUGCUAGUAAUUCAUACACGUCAAAACUUCAUUUUUCCACUUAUCAAAUCAACAUAAUUUAGUUAAAAUGUUCAAUGGAGGAAAUUGUUAUCACACCUAAGAGAAGACAGUUAACUCCCCGACGGGGUUAUUAUUGCGCAAUAUUCACUUUUGGUUAAUGUUUGUUUGUUUGUUGUUUAAUGCCGACGUCAGAAGUAUUCCAGCUAUAUGACGGCGGUCUGUAAAUAACCGAGUCUGGACCAGAAAAUCCGGUGAUUGACAUCAUGAGCAUCGAUCAAUGCAAUUGGGAUACGAUGACAUGCAUCAACCAAGUCAGCGAGACUGACCACCUCAUCCCGUUAGUCGCCUCUUACGACAAGCAUAGUCAAGCAUGGGUAGCUGGAAGAUCUUUUGAAUUGAUAAUGACUAUGUACAUUUAAAUAAGCAUCAUGUACGUUAGUAUCAGUAGUUGCUGAUAUGAUUACGAUAAGAGCUUUGGAACCAUUAUGCAUCAUAGUAUACCACAAGGUGGGGGAUCACAAGGUGGGGGAAAGGUCGAUCCUUUUCUGAGAGAAGCAGGAUCGGUUGGUAGCUUCGAUGAUUCCCAAAACUUUAAUCACUGAUGUUCUUGAAUGUGUAAAGCAACACUGGAAUAUCUGUCUGACGUAUAUGAUUGUAGGUUUAGAGUACCUUUCGACGCUUUUUAACAGAUCAGAAAUGUAAGAUCAUGCUUCUGGUGAGGAUUGGUUGGUUGGUUGGUUUGUUGUUUAAUAUUCCAGCUAUAAAACGGCGGCCUGUAAAACAUCUAGUCUGGAGCAGACAAUCCAGUGAUUAAUAUCAU